ACAGCACUUUAAAAUAUUGUUUCUUCUUUAAUCCUUCCUUCCAACUUCUACUCCUCGAAAUUUCACUUCCCACAAGUAUUUGUGUCGAUCUAUAUUGCCGGCUCCUCGGAUCAAUGCCACUCUGGGUCAGAUCGUAUGAAAGUUGGCCUUUGAGGCUCACAAAUGAUACCGGCGAUCAGGCAACAUGCCUUUCAAUCCUCCCUCUCUUUCCGUUGCGCUGUCCAUCAGCGAAUUAUUGAAAGACCCAUGUGGUCUCGGCUAUAGGUAUGGACACAAUGACCAAGAUUCGGCUCCAUCAUGCUCCAACGGAAUCAUGAACGGGAUUUCAUAGCAGUUGUAUUCUCGAGUCCUUCUCACUACCAGAGAAACAUAUGACUGCAUCCUCGGAUCGAAGUCUCUCGGGACGGAAGGAAUCAGCAGUAAAGUGGCAGCCACCUGGCAAUAGGGAACGGCAGCAGAGUACCUCUACGAUGGGAUCGCUACUAUUUGAUGGCACAGACCCAAGGCACUUGAAGGUUGCCUAAACCCAAAACGAGUCUGGUGCGACCCUGAUUCGGCUCUGCUUCCACGGGGGUAUUGUCGAUACGAGCCAGGAAACGUGGGUGUCGAGACAAACCUUUCGAGUGCUCAGGCCUGAACCGAAGCAUCUUUUUCGUGGAUCGUACGGAGUACUGCCCUCGAAGUCCGAUGGGAAGCGACAUGCUAAACAUGGUGGAGUGACCCAAAAGAAACAAGUUCGUCUGACAGCAUCCUCCUGGAGGGAGUUACGGCAUCACGGCAUUUAUGCUUGCAGCUUGCUGAGGCUUCUGUCAAAUGUCGUGUCAGACACUCACAUUCACUCUGACCAACUUUCGUCCCGCAGCAAAGUGGGUAAGCGCCAGGGUGGCCAUUUUCAGGGAGUUGAUCCCCGCCCCAAAGCCCGUCAUCGGACAAGCUGAGGUGCACCCUCACAACAGCCCUUCCUGUGUCCUGUUCAUUCUGUCUCUCUUGCAGGCCGUUUAGGCUCCUCUUUUUCACUCACUCACCUUACAACACCUUUUUUGACCGGCCCAGUUCCCGAUCGACCUACCUGACCAUACAGUACUACGGGUAUUGCUUCCCUUGGUCACUACUAGCAUCUCGUACUGGUCUCAGUCAGCAUCUGUUCCCUCAAUUCAAGCCUCCCCGCUUCUCACUUCGUGCUUCUCUUUUUCCAGUUCCGUACCCGGCCACUACCACCAUACGCACCACGUAUCAAACAAGCAUCAAAUCGCCAUCUAAUCACACUCACGUUUCUCGAGCUAAGCCACUUUGGGCACCCCAGCCUCAGACCGAAAAAUCGUUCCCUAAUCUCGACAUUCCGAUUCGGUUUGCAUACCUCUGCGCUCUGACGAUACUGCUUCACAACACUGCCAGUCAGCCAAUGGAUGACCGAACCUUCUUCGAGCCAUGAACCCUUGGCUUCCCGACUCCUCCUCGACUCCAAAUAACCAUGCUGGCUUUGGAGGCACGAUGGAUGGUGGCAUGUCGUUUAUGCAACCUCCUCAGACUAUCAAUCCCGCUCAAUUCCAGAAUCCUGCCUUCCUCAACGGCGCUGGUCGCACUGCCUCGCCCGCCUUUCAUAACCCAGUAUAUCAGACGAACCCCGUAAUACCUUCCAAAAGAGCAAGAGACGAUAGUUUAGGGACAUCUCCGCGGCAAGCACCCGGAAGCAUACCUGGUCCGAGGUCACAAACGCCAGGACAAGGCCCCUUUCCUGGUUACAAUCCACAGGCCAAUGGCGCGCCUGCGAUAACAAGCGCAUCGACGCCUUUUCAGCAUCUUCAGACUUCUGCCAAUGCCACACCCUCCCCGACCAUACAACAACUCAGCCACUUUAACCAGCCUGGAAGUAAUCAGCGCGUCGCAACAGCAUCGCCAAACCCUUUCUCUCCGCAACAUGGCGCACCUCAUGCUUCACCUGCGCCAUCAGAUCAUGCCAGUCGCGUCGGAACUCCGCAUGAUAAUCCACAGAAUUUCAUGCCCAACGGCGGAUUUCAGCAAAGUUUUAACCAGCCUCCGUUUGGUCAGAGUAUGCCCAAUGGAAUGCAACAAAUGGGGAUGAAUCCCCAGGCCAGUAUGCCGCAACAUCAUCCCGGGGUUUCGGCGACGCAGAGGAAUUAUCAGAUGCAGCUUCAAGCACAAGCGCGGCAGAUGCAGGCGCAAACGCAAGCUCGCAGUAUGAACGGCAUGCCACCAAAUUCCAGCCAGCCCAUGCCAAACCAGCCGAUGCCUCAAGGACCUGGUACAUUUCAACCCCCUAAGCCCAACAAUCCGGAAGAAUUUCUCAGAGGUUUGCAAGCGUUCAUGGCAGCACGGGGCCGCCCAGUUGAUCUACAUCCCGUAAUAUGUGGGAGACCCCUGCAGCUGUUACGUUUGUAUGCAGCCGUUGUUAAAAGCGGCGGAUCACAAAGAAUCUCGAAAAUGAACCAAUGGGCCGCUGUCGCUCAACAAUUCGGAUUUCCACCGCAACAACUAAUGCAAGCGGCACAAGAACUUCAAGGAUAUUGGCACAACAAUCUGGCGCCCUACGAAGCUGCAUGGCAAAUGAACCAACAAAAACAGCGGAUUGCAGCCCAAGCUGCGAUGCAAACUCAACAUCAACAUCAGAACCAAAUGUCACCGUCGCGUGAUCUAAACAUGGGUCAAGACUCUCGGCAUCAAAGGUCUGUCAGUGCUUCUGCGAAUGGUCAAAUGCCUCAGCCGGCGCAUCAGGUACAACAAGCUGUAACCAACGGCAUGAUGCAACCACCUCAUGGACAGCAAGAUCCUUCAAAUACACAACGUCAACAGAGUAUGCCCAGGCAGUUCGACCCUCAACAAAUGGCCUCCAUCCCAGCCCCUGCGCAGGGACAGACGCCCCAGAAGGGACCCCAAAUUGCCGUCAACAAGCCAGCGGAGCCAGAGAUUGACUACAGCAAACCUCUGUCAACCCCCAUCAAAGACCCAUUCAAGCCCGAUGUACUUCCAACAAGUCGAUACCAUGGACCAAUCAACGUUGAGGAGAUGCUGAUCAUUGGGCAACAUAUUACAGAAAUGAAGCCAGUUGUGCCUACUGUAAGAGAAAUGGGUCUAAUUGAUAUUCAUGCGAUCACGAUGGCGAUCAAAUCUGGGAUGCAUGCUGAGACAAGACUGGCACUGGACGUCCUCACCAACCUUUCGACAGAACCUGCAUUGCAAUUAUCGCUCGUUGAGUGUGACGACCUAAUGGAUGCACUAAUUGACUGUGCUCAAGAUCAGGUCAAUUUCCUCAGCGAGCAUGCAAGCGAGGUCUCUGACGACAUGCUUCUUCCAUCGUACGAAGACCUCGUCCGCGCUGUAAAGACCGAGAACGAGUCAUUGCAGGAUGCGCACGAAUUUGGCACGGUUCCAUACGAUCUUGAGCGAGCAGCUGACCGUUUGAUAUGUAUCACCACUCUCAUACGCAAUUUCUCUUUCUACGAAGCCAAUUUUGGAGUUCUUGGUCAGCAAGAAAUCCUUAGGCUGCUCAGCUCAGUAAUUCGAUAUCUCGGCACCACCGAGAUGUUCUUGCGGUGUCACCGACAUGCUCUUGAUUUCAUGAAGGAUGUGGUCAUCUUCCUCAGCAACCUGUCAACCUCUCUCCAACUUCCAGGAAAAGAAGAGGCUCUUUGCGUUCUACAUUUCCUGCUUGCAUUUGCGCCGACUCCAGGGCCGACAUCAAGCUCAGGCAAGGUGUCCUUCGCAAUGUAUACCCCUUCGUUGCACAAAUAUUUGCCAUCUGCAGUUGACAGCUUGGCGAAGCUGCUUGCUCGCGACGAACCGAACCGAAUAUACUACAAGUCAAUUUUUGCAGCAGAUGCGCAUUCGACACCACCUUAUGAACUGCUCACCAGAAGUUUUGGUUUGGCCAUAUCUCCAGUUCCUGCAAGUUCGAAUUCUACCAGAGCAAUCAUCGAGGCUAGAAAGCCAUUCCUCCUGCAGGGAAUGCUGGCAGCUGAGAUAUUAGCAAAUCUCGUCCCAGGUUCGGAUCAGCCUCUAGCACGUGUAUGGCUUGAAUCGGAGGAUGGAUUUGCUGGCAACCUGCUGCGCUUGGUUGGCUUGUUGAGUGCCGAUAGGACUACACAGACAGUGGUGAGACAGCCACAGCAGAACAGCAGGCACCAGCCGGAAGUGGAUAUCAAUGGAUAUGGGGCUAUUUCCAACCGUGCCAUGGCCGUUCUUAAGACUCUGGUCCAGAAGGCACGUACGGUUGAUCCCGAUGGUGCAACGGUGGUGCCUUUAGGUGUCAUGCCCAAGAGGGAAAGUCUUCUGGGUGCCAUGAUACAAAAAGACAUUGAUCCUGGCAUUCUGCGACAGCUGUGCGUAUAUGCCAGUCUCGAGGACUGAACACACCUGCUGGGAUGUACAUACUGCGUCUCUGAGCCGUUGAGAAAUGCUUUCGCCCGACUGCAGAGGUGGAGCUGUGUAUACUGGGAGGUGAGCCCCGCAACACUUGAGGGACGGAGAUAUCCAGCGCGCGCUUUGAACCUUUUGAAUCAUGACUGAAAGCGCGAAGACUAUUCAUACCGACAAUUGGGUAGAUAUCGCUUGUGCAAAGGAAUUAAAGCAUGCGUGUAUGUGUAUAUCAAGGGCUCAGAUGCCAAAAUUAUGUUUCAAGAAAAGAAAAAGUCUUCGUACUGUAGUCUAAGAGAAGUCAUUGGCUUGGAACGGUGAGAUUUUAGUGAGUUGUAGCAGAAUUUGCAUUGAAUGCUUUCCGG